UUUUCCUGUUCAGGUUUAGAGAUAGAAUAAAAAAAUUCCAUUCAAGAAUGAAAAUUCUUUUCCUGGGAUUCCACGCCGCCAUUUACUCGUCGGGUUUCACCCCGAUGGAUGAAAAUAGGGCAGGCUCUAUGGAUCUAGGUACCAACCGAGAGCCACCACCGUCUGCAUGGCGCAGAAUUUCGAUCCCAAGCCCUCCCCGGCCAAUCGGGGUGCCCCGUUCUUAUCUAAAUCGGUGCUACGGUACUGUCCGGAAGGUACGGAGUACGGUAUGUGUAGAACGACGGGACUGUAACGAGAAGGAAAAGAGAGGAUUAUUACAGUAAGACAUAGCAUGCAGUGUUGGUUUUAGUAAAGCCAAUUAAGUCUCACCAUCCCAGAUACCAUGCAAGCCACCGUGUCGUAUCUAAUCAACUCCUUCGGUUAAUUACAAUUGGGGCGUCGAUACGAGAUCUGAGCUCUUGAGGUUCGGAUAUCGCGAGAGAUUACGGAACCUCUCACCAUGGGCCACGAUAGUUCGUCUGAGAGCACAUGGCGAUCUGGAUGUGCAAAGGAUCCAGCUUGAGGGACCAGCGAGACUGGCGGCGAGCAGAGGGGGGAUUUACUGGAUCGAAGUGGGAGUGGC